AUGCCACCGCCAAACGAGCAUCAGAUCCUAACGUCCUACCUGCUCCACCCGUCUCCCUUGCCCACCAUCCUCCCCUACACGUCUUUCCAAUCGCUCUUCCCAUCCGCGACGAGUCGGACGCACACAGACCUCAAACCUUUCUACCGCCAUCUCCAAUCGCAGCGCGACAGCACACUCGACGACAUCCGGCGCCGCAUCCGAGAGGAAUGCCGAAGCAGCACAUCCCUGGCGGCCCGUCUCGCGCGACAGAUCAGAAGGGAAGAACAAUCGGAGAAGCCGACGUCUCGAAAACGCAAGCGCUCUGCCCCCCGCCGCCGCCGCCGCGACGACGCCUCGGACGCCGCAGCAGCAGCAGCAGCAUCCUCAUCAUCACCAUCAUCAGACCCGGAAUCCGAAGAUGCUCGCGUCAUGAAAUCCGACGCCGACGACGACGACAGCGACACAGACGCGGCCGCCGAGACGACUGACCAGGUCGAACAAGACCUGGACGCCCGCCUGCACGGACCGCACGGCUCGACGCUCCCUUCAACCACGGCCAGACAGAACCACGGCGCGACGUCGCUUCUUGACGCAAUGAAGAAGGCGGGUUCCGAGCUUGAAGAUGAGAUAGCGUCUCUCGAAGCCCAGAUCGCCGCCGCCCGCGCCCAGUGCGAAGAUAGGAUAGGCAACCUGAGCGAUUUGCGAUAUGGACGCUUCGCCCAAAGCCGCGUCGGCGGACAGGACGGUGGAGAUGGACACGACGGCACGGCAACGUCGCGGCAACAGGAACAACAGCAACAGGGGAUCGAGAAGGACGUGGUCGAUGCCCUCGCCGACUUUCGGGCACGGUUGCAGACUGUGUGA